CUGGGUAGGUAAAACAAAAAACAGCGUUCGUGUCAGAGUUUGGAGCUUGGACACAACAGACGGUCCCCGUUGAAAUUCUGCUUUGUUGCAAAACCUCAUUUUCUACACUGUAAAACCAUGGCAGCUGACUGCGAGGCCUGGCUGAACGCAAACCCCGUUGAGGCUCAGGACCUGAGUGACUCCUUUGUGUCGGGCGAGGAGGACAACGGAGGAUCACUUCUCUCCAAUAAAAAUAUCAACAAUGAGAUUAACGGAAACUGGCUUUCCUCGUCGAGCAACAGCAUCCACGAGGCGCGGCUCAAGGCCAAGGCCAAGCGCAGGCUGAGGAAGAACUCCUCCCGGGACUCGGGCAGGGGAGACUCGCUCAGCGAUAAUGGGGAUGCGGUUCGGGGAACCGCAGUGGCUCCCACAAGCCCGAAGAGCAAGCUGCUGGACAGAAAGUCUCGACUGGGGAAGGGAAGAGGCCUGCCAAAGAAAGGCGGGGCCGGAGGGAAAGGCGUGUGGGGCAGAUCUGGUGAAGUUUACGGACCAGAGGAAGUCGACGAGAAGGACCCAAACUACGAUGAAGCUCAGGAAAACUGUGUGUAUGAGACCGUGGCCCCGCCACUGGAAGAGAAGGACUUUGAGAAGACGGUCAGCCCAAUAGUGCAGGAAUACUUUGAACAUGGAGACACAAAUGAAGUAGCUGAGCUGCUUGCAGAACUGAACCUGGGGCCCAUGCGGAGCGAGGUGCCCUCGCUGGCGGUGUCGCUGGCCCUGGAGGCCAAAGCCAGCCACAGGGAGCUGACCUCCAGGCUGCUGGCUGACCUGUGCGGGUCCGUCCUGUCCCGCAGCGACAUGGAAAGCUCCUUCGACAAGCUGCUGAGAGAGCUGCCGGACCUGGUCCUGGACACCCCCGGAGCCCCCCAGUUGGUCGGCCAGUUCAUUGCACGAGCUGUUAGCGACCAAAUAUUAUCUAAGAGCUACAUCGAGAGCUACAAAGGCCGAGUGGGCUGUCAGUACACGAGGGCGGCGCUGGACCGGGCGGCCGUGCUGCUGAAGAUGACCAUGGGCGGACUCCGCAUUGACAACCAGUGGGGGGCAGGCGGGGGGCAGAGGCCCGUCAUGCAACUUGUUAAAGAGAUGAACCUGUUGUUGAAGGAGUACAUCCUGUCUGGAGACAUCAAAGAAGCUGAAAGAUGUCUGAGAGAUCUGGAAGUUCCCCAUUUCCACCACGAGUUUGUCUACGAGGCGAUCGUGAUGGUGUUGGAGUCCAAAGGUGACAAAACGUUCAAAAUGGUUCUACAGCUCCUCAAGGCGCUGUCAGCCUCCUCCAGCAUCACUGUGGACCAAAUGAGAAGGGGCUAUGAAAGAGUUUAUAUGGACAUUGCUGAAAUUAAUAUCGAUGUGCCCCGUGCUUACUUCAUCCUGGAGCAAUUUGUUGACCAAAGCUUCAAUACGGGAGUCAUUGAUGUAAAGAUAAGAGAUCUCUGCCCCUGUCGGGGCCGGAAGAGGUUUGUCAGCGAGGGAGACGGUGGCGUCGUCAAACUUGAAAGCUACUGAGGCGACCUUUUUAUGUGCCAGACUUCUUAAAAACAAGAGGACAAAGCUACUUUUUCUACCUGCAUAUUUUUCAAAAAAAAUAGCCGGGUACAAGUUUCCUCCUUUGUAACGGUCAGAAGAAUGUACAUUUCUGAAACUGGGGUGAGGUAUAAAGAAAAAAAUACAGCACUUUUGAUUGAAACUGAAGUAAUUCACUUUUCACCAAGCUGUUCAAAUAUAAACAUUUACAUAAGCUAGCCCGUGAAGUGCCACACCUCUCAGUGUCAGUCAUUCCACGUUGUUUUGUACAGUAUUUUCUUGAUUUCACUGCCACUCCUUUUGUGUUUUCUAGAAAGCAGUGUUUGUACAGAAAUGACUGGUUUGUGUCAAGAGCUUUAUAAAAGAGU